ACUCAAAUCCGAACCAAAAAAGCCGAACUGCCAAUAGUACUCCGUAUAAUUUUGGUGAAUCUGCAAUUACAUGGUUACACCCCUCGCUGCCAAUUGCCAUACCGCAAAACUCUCCAUACGCACAGCCUCUAAGACCAAGACCCGACUCGACCUAGUCCCCGCCGAGCUCAAUCGCUCUUCCCUCCCAUUACACCAUUCUCCCUCGCUUCUUCUUCCCCCACUCUCUUCAAUUCUCUACUUCCAAUUACUAUUUUUUCUCUAUAUUUUUUUGUUUUUAUUAAUUUCUGCCAUUAAUUAUCGAAUUCAAAAUCACCAAUUUUUUUCUGUGUUUAUUUCUGGAUUUUAUUUUUGUUUUUACUCAUUUGUUUCAAUUCGGAUUCCUGCCUUUUCGUGUUCCACCCUUCAAUUCGACAAACCCAACUUUUACCCCAGCAUUAAUUGAAGGAUGAUAAAGAAAUAAUGACGAGUGAAGGAGGUAGUGCUCAAAUCGUAGCAGCAGCUACUGCUGAUCCUAAUUCAAUUGAGUAUCGAGCUGAAGUAAACCAAGGGCAUGCUCAUCAAUAUUACCCGUCAGCUGCUGGGGCCACACCUGUCGCUUGGCCCAUUCAUGGGGGCGAUAAUUCAAGCUUAGGGAACGGAACUGUUCAGAAUGUGAGCUACCAGUAUAAUCAGCAUCAGCCUGCUACUGUUCAGGACGCUACAAAUGUGCCGUCUAUAACCUCUACGUCAACAGCAUCAGGGACAGAUAAUGCAUCACACAUGUAUACUAGCUAUUCAACAUACUCUUCUAGCACCAAUCCGUAUGGUUAUGCAAGUUCUGAAUACACCAAUUACUAUAGUGGUUACCAGCAGCAGUCGACUGAACCAAGUGGUUAUCAGCAGCAGUCAACCCAACCAAGUGGUUACCAGCCGCAGUCAACCCAACCAAGCGGUUACCAGCAGCAGUCGACUGAACCAAGUGGUUAUCAGCAGCAGUCAACCCAACCAAGUGGUUAUCAGCAGCAGUCAACCCAACCAAGUGGUUACCAGCAGCAGUCAACCCAACCAAGCGGUUACCAACAGCAGUCAACCCAACCAAGUGGUUACCAGCAGCAGUCAACCCAAUCAAGCGGUUACCAACAGCAGUCAACCCAACCAAGCGGUUACCAGCAGCAGUCAACCCAACCAAGCGGUUACCAACAGCAGUCAACUCAACCAAGUGGUUACCAACAGCAGUCAACUCAACCAAGUGGUUACCAACAACAGUCAUCUCAACCAUACACUCAAGCUACAGGAACAUAUCAAAACUCAGGUUCUCCUUAUCAGCCUAUUUCCUCAUUUCAGAAUACCGGGUCUUAUACUGGGUCUACAACUUAUCCAAGCACUUAUUACAAUCCUGGUGAUUAUCAGACGACUGGAGCUUACAAUGGAAGCAGUUACAGCAGCCAGACUAACUUGUGGAGUCAAGGAAAUUACGCAAAUUACCCUCAUCAGUAUGAAAGUUAUAGCAAUGACACAAGCAGCGCUUAUACUUCUAGUAAUGUUGCUGCAACUACGGAUUAUCAGCAGCAGUAUCAGCAAUGGGCAGAUUAUUACAAUAGUCAGACUGAAGUCACCUGUGCUCCUGGGACAGAGAAUACCUCUGCUUCGGCUACAGCUGCUUUGUCGUGUCCUAUUCCUGGAGUUUCUAGUGGAUAUGCAAAUCCUGUAAGUCAGCCACAGGCAACUUAUACCCUGGCAUGGAAACCCGAGACCGACCCCUCUGCAUUAUCUUCACAUCAGACAAGCAGUACAGCAGGUACAUAUAAUGAUUACUGGAAACAUGCAGCUCAAGCUUACCAAAAUCAGCAUGCUUCUAAUUUGCAGUCAAAUUUUCAGAAGCCUUUAGAUGUAAGCCAUUCUCAUCCUAGUGUUCAGGAUCAGCAGCAGACUCUAGCAACACAGCCACAGUUACCCAAUUCAUUGUAUACCGAGGUGCAACAGACUUACCCACAACCCUUGCAACCCCAUACCCCAGCCGAUACACUCAGGGUAAGCAACCUUCAGAUUCCAACAAAUCCUAGAAUUGCCUCAAAUUUGGCUUUGGCUAUGCCAAAAACUAUUAAAGAUACCGUCACAUCAGGUGUAACAGCAAAGCCUGCCUAUGUUAGUGUCUCAUUGCCAAAACCAACCAACAAGGUUCUCUCUAGUAGUGCUUCUGAUUCAAAUCCGAAGCCUGGAAUAUUCCCAGCAGCACUUCGAGGUUAUGUAGAGAGGGCCUUAGCUCGUUGCAAGGAUGAAAAACAAAGAGCUGCUUCUCAAGAAGUCAUGAAGGAGAUAAUCACUAAAGCAACUGCUGACGGAACACUUUACUCGCGCGACUGGGACACUGAACCCCUUUUUCCUCUACCUGAUACGAGCACUUUGAAUAUUGAACAAAGUGCGGCACCAGUUUUGUCUUUGUCUGCAUUUAAAAGAAGUCCUAGUAGACGAGCUAAAAGUAGGUGGGAACCUUUACCAGAAGAUAAACCAAUUGAAAAACUGACAUCCACCUAUCAAGAUUCUGCUAGACCUGUAUGGGCUAAUUACAAUGGAAGGGAUCACAAGUUUUCUCUGCAGUCUGUUGCUGGAAAGUCCGAGAGAAAGGAUGCAACUUUCAGUAGAUUUUCUACUGUGGACCAGACUAGUACUAGUAGAAGUGCCCACAGGCCUAAUAAAAGACAGCGUUUUAGUAAUGACUUGAGUGCUACCGAGAAUGGUGAUGCCUCAAGUGAUAGUGACAAGGAACAAAGUUUGACAGCACACUACUCAGGAGCAAUCACACUUGCCAACUCACCAGAGGAAAAAAAGAGACGUGAGAGUCGUUCCAGGCGUUUCGAGAAAGGUAAUGGACAAAGAGCCGAGAAUCGUUUUAGACCAAAGAACGCUGGUGUUGGAAAUUAUUUGUAUUCUAGAAGGGCCACUGCUUUGGUUCUUAGCAAAACUUUUGAAGACGGAGGUUCCAGGGCUGUUGAAGAUAUAGACUGGGAUGCCCUUACUAUUAAGGGUACUUGCCAAGAAAUUGAGAAACGCUAUUUGCGACUUACUUCUGCACCUGAUCCAUCAACUGUUAGACCCGAGGAAGUUCUAGAGAAGGCUUUGCAUAUGGUUCAGAGUUCACAGAAAAAUUAUCUUUACAAAUGUGAUCAGUUAAAAUCAAUUCGUCAAGAUUUAACUGUGCAGAGGAUACGUAAUGAACUAACAGUAAAGGUCUAUGAAACACAUGGUCGACUUGCUCUUGAAUUUGGGGACUUGCCAGAAUUUAAUCAGUCUCAAUCACAAUUGAAAUCCCUGUACGGUGAAGGAAUAGCAGGUUGCCACAUGGAAUUUUCUGCUUACAAUUUACUUUCUAUCAGCUUACUGUCCAAUAACAGGAAAGAUCUCCUAUCUUUGAUGUCAAGGUUGAGAUGUGCGAGUGUUGGCCCAUAACACAAUUAUUUUUUCUCCCAGAAGGUAAGAUGCUUGAUUAUGUAGUAAAGAAUUCAUAGUAUGUGCCUAAGGAAAUCGUUUAAGUGAUCAUUGUGCUCUUGGGAGGAUCUUCCUCGGGCUCAUUGGGGCCUGACCCCUAAACUUUUUUUUUUCUUUUUAGUUAUUUCUCAUAAUCAACCUUGUGUACGUAAUUAUUAAGAAGUGGAGAUAAAGUAAAUAGACUUGCAUAAAAUUGAUACAAUUUUAUAACGUCUAACUAGUGAACGUGGCACAUGUACUUUCUUAGGAUCUUUUUAAUACACAUGAAUGUGUGAUGUUAAGGCCAAAAUUCUCCUCUUAAUUUUUCCUCCCACCUCACCCAAAACUUUCUACCAUACCAUGACAACCCGCUCAAUUUAUCUGCAACACUAAACAAAGGGAAAUUUGAACACCAACAAAAACAGUAUUUGUGGAUUUCAUUGACCAUUUUGUCCGAGGCUGGAGUUCAGUGCUAAUUACUAUCUUGUGAGACCAUAAUUUCUUAUUAACUUGUUGGCAACCCAUUAGUACAAUCUCCUUUACUUGGAACAUAAGCUAAUCAACCCCUAAAAUAAAUUUAAAAGGGAGAUAAAGCGUCUCUUGCCCAUUUUCUGAAAAUAUUCUCUAGAAACUUGGAAACCGAGUAUAUCUAUGGCCAAUUUGCGUGAUAUUAUGGAAAAUGGAAGACAAAUUUACAAAUUGUACUAGUUUCAAUUCAGGCCCAUUGUUUAUUCCUGAAAACAAUGAGUCAAAAUCAAUUGAACUUAAAUUAUCACCUCCCUAUGAAGAACACGGUGCUGAAAUUAUCUACUCUACUUUUUUGGGGAUGGGGGGUGGAGAUGUAUCACAUGUAUGUGGAUAAUCUUUUCUUGCAAGUCAAUGCUGAGAGUUUGGGUUUUCAUCUGUUGGUUGGUGGUGCCACAAACUUUUUGUCUGGUUUCUUGCAUCCAUUUUUAGCUUAGCUUUCAUGUUUAUGUCUAAUGCCGAGGUAUGUUCGCAUCAUUUGAA